AUGUCAGCCAUCAAGAAGACCAAUUUGAACUCAAUUGUUCAAUUACGUGCUACGUGUGAUGAUAAUUUACAUGCAUCAUUAUCAGAAUUGGGAUAUACACAAUCCUUCAGUUUAAUAGAUACGAAGCUAGCUUUAGGAUAUCUGACUGUUGUGAUAGCUGGUUUAUUAUACGUGGUGGAUAAAAAAUUUGGAUUCGAGAAAACUUAUAAUGUCACAGUACUCUCGGUAAUUCUUUAUUUUUUAAUCAGUGGAAUUUUAUUCUAUUUGACAUCGACAAAGAAGUAUAAGAACGUCAAGUACAUUGGUUACGACGAUUCCAAUAAAAAGAUACUGGUUGCGACAUGGACAAAUAAGUACGAUCCAAUAUACCACUUGAAAAUUAGAUUUAAUGAUGAAGAGAGUUUGGCCAUUGUCACUAGCUUUGAAUUUAUGAAAGUUUUUGAUGCUUUCGGAUAUUAUAAACAAGACGAAUUAACUAGAUUGCUUAAGAAUGAAUUGGAUAAAAUCAACAAGAAGAGUAAUUGA